UAUAUAUUAGUUUUUUAUAACAUUUCAUUUUCUUGGCUUCUUCCAGUGGACAGUUUCCAAUUUAUUUUUUUGUUCCAUGUUUAUUGCGUGACAGUGAAAACAAAGAAUAAUUAUUAUUCUUACGUUAAAAGUCAACUGGAGCUUUGUGUCUCCAUAUUAAGGUAGUUAACAAUAUUUUGCUCUAUCAGUGAGGACUUGUUUGUUCAUGGGGACUUUGCUUUGGAACAUGAAAGUUAAUUUAUUAAAGUGGCUACACAGUUUCUCCAAGUGUUAAUGUGUGCAAACUGCAUCGCAGCAAACUGCCUUCAGAGAAAGACUUCUCGACAAUUUUUUGUGAACAAAGUCAUUGCUCGUUCUUGCCAGUCAGAAGUCUCUCGAGGGAGAUAUAAAGGUACCGAUGUACGUCUGUUUUUGUGUCUGCUUCUGCGGGCAAAAUUAAUUGUUUUGUUUAUCACAUACUCAGUCACUGGCAGUGUUGACCAAAAUAUGGCUUAGCUUUAUUCUUCUUAGAACCACGGCAUUAGAGAAACCUUUAUUUUCAAAUUCAUAAAAUUUUUAGAUUUCACACAUUUAGGAUUUAUUGAUGAGAACAAAACAGAUUGAAAAACCAAACCUGUUUGUGUUCCUUUGUUUCUUCAGCUCAAAGUCGAAUCAUUUUAAGUACAUUUUUUUCUCGUCUGUUUCAAGUGCAUGUUAGUAUUUUCAUUGCAAAAGUGACUGUUGUAUUUUAAAAAUCCUAAACUAGAACAGAUACUGCAGGUACAAAUCAAACCAAUUAUUAUCCACUUGUUCAUAAUGUUUUUGACAGUUGUCGAAAAUAAUUAUUUUAAACAACAUAGGUGACAAGCCCAGCAGUAAAAUAAAAACGUUUUACUCACAUUUUCUGAACCUAAAUAUUUAAAAAGUUUGCUAGAAAAUUACUUCUUAGAAACCCCAGCAUAACAAGGAAUUUUGUUCAGAAGGUUUUCAUAUUGUUUGAUCUUCAGGUUUUCCUUGUCUUGCUGGCACAAGUUUUUUUUUCUUGAGAGAUCUUGCAUGGCUUGCUUAGUGUGUGCAUCACACACAUUGUUAUUGGGAAAAAAAACUGCAGUAAGCCACCUUAAGCCAUCUUUUUUCAGACUGAUUUAACUUAAUUACAGUACAAGGAAUGUAUGCAGAGCUUCGGCCCAUCUUGAUGUUUAUUCACCGAAUGUACUUGUUCGGUUUAUUUCAAAGGCAUAAGAUUUUUCAUCCACUCGGUUAGAAAAUGUCAACUGAGAAUGUCCAGGUCAGUGAAAGGUAUCCUUUAAGAGAAGUUUUAUUUAUCACUGGAAAUUAACAUUAAAGUUGCUUCAGGAUAUUACCAUGUUUUGAGGAUUUUGAGGCCAUCUUUGCAUUUUUAUUGAACUCACACACCAACCACUCUUUUGUUAAAUUUCUGGUUAGGCUUGUUAUUUUUCUUAGUGACGAUGAGCUGAUCUUCCCUUUGUUGAUGGAAACAAUGAUUUUUUAGGCCUGUUAGUUAGUUUUAAACCCACUGAAACAUUAAAAUGUUUACGAUUUUCUUCGUUUUCAAGCAACUCAGCUGCAGUUUUCUCAUGUUUGUUUGUGUUCCACCCAGAAUUUGCCCCGCAUUAGCAUUGCUUUCACAUGAAAACAAGCACUCAUCCUAGGCUACCCGGGAAUACGAAACUUGCCUGCAUGUACUUGCUACCUAUGAUAUGACAUUUGUAUGAAUUGAAUAGAGUAAAAGCCUGUGACUAAGAACCUGGAUUUUAAAAACUUGUUAGGCUACACGUAAAAUUUGCCAGUAUCACCCCCUCUAUAUAAGAACCUGUUAGCCUAAAAUUUGAAACAUGUUCUUAUUUUCUAAAAAUAAUGUAUGAAAGAAUUCUGUCCCCCUGGGCAAAUAAGAUACAUUAAGUCAGAGUCCUCUUUGGAGGAAGGACCUCAAACUUCUUGACAUCAAUGCUUUAGGUCUUCUUAAUUAUUUAUUCAUUUUUACAAAACUUCUAAUUUAGUAUGCAGAUUUUUUAUGAGGAAUAGGCUGAACCACUAAAUACUCUUUGCUAUAUUGUAUUUUUUUCCUUCAGAAAAUAAGAACCUAUUUAAGAACCUAAAUAGCCUAAACUUUUGCUAACUACCAUUCAUUCAAAAUAGCUCAUACGCUGUAUGUCAGUGGUUUGAGCAUAUGUAGCUUUGUGGCUUCGUGGCUUGUGUGUUUGGAUGUCUGUCGCAGGGGCCAAUGAGGUUGAGGGUACUAUGAGUUGAUGCUCAGGAAUCAAUGAGAUUUUGGCAUCUAAAUAUAACCUAUUUGCUUAAGGUUAAACAAGGUUACUUUGAGAUUGCCAUCUUGAUUCUUCACAAUUUUUUCAUCUGUUAUUACAAAAGGUGUUUAGAAGCAUAACAUUGAAAUAUCUCCAUGAUUCAAACAUUGACAACAGUGAUGCAACUGUUUAAGGGUUCAUAGGGUAGAGUGGGUGCUGCUUCAAGACAUUUCUGACUCAAUUUGGCUAUUGCAAAUGGUACAAUGCACAUGUUUCUUAAUUUAUGAGUGGCGUCCAAUGAAACAGUAAUUGAAAUUUAGAUAUGGACAAUGCACAUAUGGUGCAUUUGGUUAAAUUUAUAGGAAAUGUUGCCCAAUUUUUUUUCGAGUGCUUAUGUUACGCUACUUAGUACUACAGGAUAUAAAGUACUAAAGUAUUCGUCCCAGAUUCAUAUGGUCUACCUGGCCGCACAACAACAGAACAAACUUAUACAAUUUCCUGCUUGUGGUAUUGUUGGUGUGCCUUUCACCUUAACUCUGCAAGACAUCUAUGGCUACAAUCCCGCUCUGUUUUGAGUUCUUUCGGUGUCGUGUUGAUGUCUUGCAGAGUUAGUUUUCAUGUAGUACCAUCAGCAUUGCAGUAUUCUGCUUGCAGAAUUUAAUAUGUCUAGAUUAUUAUUUUUGCUGAUCAGGUCUUUAUAGAUCCUAUGUUCUUCGGCAUUUUUGUUUGCAGUCCUUUGCAGUCCUUUGUGGUUAAUGAUUGUACUUUAGAAAAACAAGCAUUUAUUAAUGAGUUUGAGAAAGAUAAGCCUUGACAGCUAUUUUUUAUGACAACAGGAUUGAUUGAAUAAAGGAAGUUGCACUCCAUGUCCUCAACGUGCAAGCAGUGUGGCAAGUGGUUUAGCCAAGCAGGAUACCUUAGGAAACACAAAAGAGUUCACAGUGGGGAGAAGCCUUGUGAAUGUAAACAGUGUGGGAAAUGUUUUCGUGGUGCAGGAGACCUAAGGAAACAUGGAAGAGUACACACCCGAGAGAAGCCUUAUGAAUGUAUACAAUGUGGCAAGUGUUUUAGCUUAGCACAACACUUAAAGUGUCAUGAAAGGAUUCACACUGGAGAGAAGCCUUAUGAAUGCAAACAGUGUGGCAAGUGUUUUGGCCAAGCAGGAAACCUAAAAAUUCAUGAAAGAGUUCACAGUGGGGAAAAACCAUAUGAAUGUAAACAGUGUGGUAUGUGUUGUCGCACAUCAGGAGACCUAAAGUCUCAUGAAAGGAUUCACACUGGAGAGAAGCCUUAUGAAUGUAAACAAUGUGGCAAGUGUUUAAGCUUAGCACAGCACUUAAGGAGGCAUGCAAGAGUUCACACUGGGGAGAGGCCAUAUGAAUGUAAACAGUGUGGUAUGUGUUUUGGCCAAAUAGGACACCUAAGGAGUCAUGAAAGAGUUCACACUGGGGUGAAGCCUUAUGAAUGUAAACAGUGUGGGAAGCGUUUUGGCCAAGCAGUAGACCUAAGGACGCAUGAAAGAGUUCACACUGGAGAGAAGCCUUAUGAAUGCAAACGGUGUGGCAAGUGUUUUGGCCAAGCAGGAUACUUAAAAAUUCAUGCAAGAGUUCACACUAGAGAGAAGCCUUAUGAAUGCAAACAGUGUGGCAAGUCUUUUAGCCAAGCAGGAUACCUAAAAAUUCAUGCAAGAGUUCACACUGGAGAGAAGCCUUAUGAAUGUCAAGAGUGUGCUAAGUGUUUUAGCACCUCAGUAGGUCUUAGGAGUCAUGAAAAAUUACACACUGGGGAGAGACCUUAUGAAUGUAAACAUUGUGGCAAGUGUUUCAGUCAGUCAAGUUCCCUAAGGGUUCAUGAAAGAGUGCACACGGGAGAGAAGCCAUAUGAGUGUAAACACUGUGGCAAGUGUUAUAGGCGAACAGGACACUUAAGGAUUCAUGAAAGAAUUCACACUGGAGAAAACCCAUAUGAAUGUAAACAGUGUGGCAAGUGUUUUAAUCAAAAAGGAAAUCUUAGGAAACAUGAAGAACUCCACAAGAAAGCAAAGUCUCCUAAUCGUCACACCAAGGAGUGUCCUUCUAAAAGUUUUCGUCGUAAGCGUAAGCAAGCAGGAACUGAAAGACUGGAUAUUAGGACAAACAACUCACUGACCCAGAGCGAGACUGGAUGCAGUGGUAUGGUAGUCCCUCAAUUAGCCAUCACUGGGAAACACAGCUGUUGGAUUUGUCAAGAGGAGAUGGGAAGUGAGGAUCUUCUUCAUCGGCACUAUGAAAAUCAUAUGAGACAUGUGCAUGAAGAUGGCUUGUAA